CGUUAGUUAGUGAAGUACUUAAUUAAUCCAAUUCAUGCCAGCCCACUUUCACAUGAAACCCUUUGUAUCAAUUGACCAGGAAACGUAAAGAACUGGAAUGUGAGAAAUCAGUCAAAUAGCACAGUCCCGGCCUGUCCCGUCCCGUGCCGGCUGUUUGCCGUGUUUGGCCCACACUCUGAGAGGUUUGGUGUGCAUGGAUUAGGUUACGUGAGAAUUGCUUGCCUCAGAGCUGAAACUGAUCCUCGUUUACGACCCCCCAUAACCCCCAUGCCCUCCCCCCCUGCGUGUGCCUGUCCCUCGCCUAUCUGAAUACAGCCCGUGGAUGGGUGGGAGCCGCCUUUGGUCGGCUUACUAGUUAUGCUUGCGUGUCCAUCCGACUUUCCGUCCUUGCCUCCUGCGUAGGUGUGGGUGGGUGUCUAACUGAGCGAACUCCAACUCUUUCGCUCAUUUGGGGGUCCGGGUUGGUGGAUAGAGAGUGAUCCAUCCGCGUCCUCGUACUGGUGGGCUUGAGGGUAUUGAUGCCAUCGGAUCGGUGGACCAUCCAUCGGCGAUACUCGGAUCCUUGAGGCGAUUUCCAGAAGAGCCCGUCGUGUGUGGCCCCUGGGCCGUGGUUGGUUAUCUCUGGAUUAGACUCGGUGUCACUGAGGCGGGUGGGGAUCAAAAUGAGCGAAGACGAAGAUUUUUCGGCUCUGGCCUCCAUGGAAACGUUCAUGAGUCGGUUGUCGUUGGCCCCGGUAGAAGAAAAGACGUCCAUUCUACAGAAUAUCUUGCCUCUCAUCGGGGACAUUGCUCAAAAACCAGAAUGGAAGGCCUCGGUAUCUCAGUCGAAUCUACAUAUCCUCUUCGAUUGCUUUAAUACGUCCUCGGAGGAAGAGAUGAAUAUUGCGGGCCAAGUGUUGCAAAAGAUAGCGGCCAUCAUUCCUCCCCAAGUCAUGAUUAAGAAGUACUCUCAAAAUAUCAAGCGUUGUUUGGAGCAUCCCGAUUCGGUGGUCAAGAAGGCCAAUCUAAAAGCGCUUCACGUAUGUCUCACCGGUCAAAGUCAAGCGGCUUUGGACGAACUGGCGGCCAAUCAACCUUUGCUGAAUUUAGUCACUCAAAAGAUCCGUGAUCCGGAUCUGGCCGUUUCUAAAGAGGCCAUUAUUGUCUUGGAAGACGUGGCAUCCAUCGGUCGGCUGGAGACGAAUCCCUUUUUCAAUCAGGGAUUACUCGCUAUGGUCAAGGAUUUGUCCCAAGAUAAGGAUGAAAAAGUACGCAUGCGAACGUACGAUCUGGCCGUGUCUAUCAGUCGAUUAUCACCUGAACAUUUGGAGCGGAUCAAACCCACGUCAUUAAUAAAGUCGUUGGUCCACGAGGUUAUUACCGAUGAUGUGCUGAUUCAAUUAAACGCCAUCGAAGUUCUUACUCUUUUGGCUCGAUCCGAACACUGUCAGGUCUAUCUAGACGAAUGUAACGUAUUCUCCGAGCUCAAUCAGAUGAUCGACUCGAUUUCCAGUGGCCCCAUGGCUAAUUUCUUAGUCCCCGGAUUUGUCAAAUUAUUUGGUGUUGUUGCCCAAUCUCACAAAGAAGACUGUUUUGAAAAAUUUCCCAAUUUUAAAUCGACCCUUCAAUCCAUGUUAGACGGGAAUGAUCAGAUUCAGCAGAUUUUGGCCAUCGAGACCUAUGGAUUCAUUUGCCAGAACCCGGUCAAGAAAAUAGAUCUGGCUAAUCGGCAGUUCUUUGUCGAGGGCUUCAUGCCCGUUUUAAGCAAGUAUCUGAAGACGGGGAUAGCUAAUCUCCGAAGCAAAGCCAUGCACGUUCUCGAUGAUCUCAUGACCACUCAUUAUGAGCCGGGUGAGAAUCUGAAUAACGAGUGGCGGGUCAAUCAAGCCAUUUUACGUCGAACCGAUCCGAACCCACUGAUGCGACUGUUGGAGUAUUCGCGACUGCCCUUCCCAGAAGUCACCAUUAUCACACAUAGCGUCUUACUCAAGUUGGUUGAGCAGCCAUUUGCUUUGAAGAUGUUUCAAAGCACCCCAGGCUUCAUGGAAAGUCUCUUGGAUCGAACCGUUUCUCAAACCAAAGAGGUCAUCCUGCUCAAAUUCAGGAUCUUGGAGCGCAUCACCCAGCUCGAACUCAGUCGUGAGAUCUUUCCGCCGGAAGUGGCCCAAAAAGUCGCCCAAUACGUACAGAACGGGCCAUUUCACGCCGGUUCCCAGGUUCACGUCGCCUUCGGCGAAUUAUAGACCAUACCCUGAACGGCAGGCAUGUGAUGUUAUGGGUCACCUCUCCUCUCCUAUCAUCAAUCCCCUUCCUUCCCCUGCCGCGAUCCCUUAGCCCCAUGGGACCCAAGUUGUGUACUCGUUGGCUGAAUGUUGCGCUUUCCAAAAUAAAAGUUAAAAAGAAGGUGGUAACCAUA